AACACCCGCGGGUGAUGCGAACGUAGCCAAAACCCCACACAGUUGGAUCACAAAACUAACAUAAACCCUUCUCCCCUUCUCCCCUUCUCCAGAAGAGUCUACCAAAGCAAAUCACUCAGUUUUCUGCUUCUGCUUCUAGUCGCUCCACCAUGAGAAGGGCUUCAACUCUCGCCUCAUUCAACGUCAUCUCCCGAUCCCUCGCCACCGUUCACGGCGGCGCCGCUGCCACGUCAGCCUCCCCCAGCCACGGUCUUCUCCAGGUGGCUCUCUACGGUACCUCCAGCACCACCGGUUCUCAUGCUCGUCGUCGGUGGUUCGAUUCAUUUUCCGGCGGUCCAGCUGGCAAGCUGGCUAUUUGCGUAGCCGGAACUCUGGCUUCGGUCGCUGUUGCCUCGUCACUCACUCAGGAGGUCUAUGCCAAAGAGCCGCCUCCGGCUGAGCUUGUUCCAAAGGACGUCGUGCUAUACCAGUAUGAAGCCUGCCCUUUCUGCAACAAAGUUAAAGCAUUCUUGGACUACCACGAUAUCCCCUACAAAAUUGUGGAAGUCAACCCACUUAGUAAGAAAGAGAUCAAAUGGUCUGAUUAUAAGAAGGUUCCUAUAUUGGUGGUGGAUGGGGAACAGCUGGUUGACUCAUCAGCUAUAAUUGAUAAGUUGAAUGACAAAAUUGUUCCUGAGAGAGUAGCCGCCCCUUCCUCAAAUGAUGAUGAAGAGAAAAAGUGGCGCCAGUGGGUUGAUAAUCACUUAGUGCAUAUGUUAUCACCAAACAUAUACCGAAAUACAUCUGAGGCCCUUGAAUCCUUUGACUAUAUAACAAGCAAUGGUAAUUUUAGCUACACAGAAAAAUUUACAGUGAAGUAUGCUGGUGCUGCGGCUAUGUACUUUGUGUCAAAGAAACUAAAGAAGAAAUAUAAUAUUACGGAUGAACGUGCAUCCCUGUAUGAAGCAGCAGAAACAUGGGUUAAUGCUCUUAAUGGGCGGGACUUUCUUGGGGGCUCCAAACCUAAUAUGGCCGACCUUGCUGUUUUUGGGGUACUAAGGCCAAUUCGUUAUUUGAGAUCUGGUAAAGAUAUGGUGGAGCACACACGCAUAGGCGAAUGGUACUCAAGAAUGGAGCGUGCCGUGGGAGAGUCUGCAAGGAUUAAAGCCUAAAUUGGAUAUCCUAUGGAGUUUGUAGCUGGAUUAUAUACUUCAAUUUUGAGUUUGCCCUUUCUGUAAGCAAACUACAUCAAAUACGAAGAAGAAAGAUUUUUCAGGAGACACUGGCAGUUAUAAAUGAAUUGAAAACAGGCAACCUUUUGCUAUUAUUUGGUUAUCUGGAAAACUGAAAUUGUUUAUUGUUACAUUAGAUACGAUUGUUUAGAAGUACAAGGAAUAAGGUAAUCACAGUGUGGAAUU